CACUUCUUUGUUGUUGGUGAUGACAUGAAAAUAUUGUUGCUGCACAGGGCUGCGGUAGGAGACGAAGACAGGCAGCGAGGACCGAAGCGUUGCUCCGGUGGUUCGAAUACUGGUUUAUUUUUUACUCCGUUUUGUUUUCGACUUACUGAGGCAGCCAUGUCAGUUAACAUGGACGAACUGAGACAUCAAGUGAUGAUUAAUCAGUUUGUUUUGACGGCCGGCUGCGCCGCCGAUCAGGCCAAGCAGCUUCUACAGGCGGCCCACUGGCAGUUUGAGACAGCCCUCAGCUCCUUCUUCCAGGAGGCGAACAUCCCGAGCCACCAUCAGAUGAUGUGCACACCCAGAAACACUCCGGCCACACCGCCGAACUUUCCAGAUGCCAUCACCAUGUUCUCCAAGCUGCGGGCAUCAGACUGUGGCCCCGGCAGCGGCAGCGUCCCUUCCCAGGCGUCCAUGGCCUGCUCUCCUCCACCUUCCUCCACGUCCGGCUUCAGCUCCUUCUGGGCCUCCUCGCCACCCAGCCACCAGCCAGCCUGGCUACCCCCCUCGUCCCCCACAGGUCACCACCUGCACCACCCCUACCACCACCACCUCCAACAGACUCCCAUGUGGCCCCCCGUGUCCCAGCCCAGUGGCUCCCAGCAGCCCCCUGUCGUAUCGGCGCUGCACGGCCAAAGAUGAGACUGCACAGGUGGGGGGCGGGGUGGGGGGGUGGAUCAUGAAUGGAUUAAUUUGGAGGACAAAGACGCUGCUGCUUCCCUCUUGUUGUUUUUAAACUGAAAACAAACAAAUUCUUGUUUUCAUUAAGGAAGAACCCACCGGGUCUCUGAUGGUCCUGACCCGCCGCUGGAUGUUCUGAGCCCCAAAAUCUCUCUCUUUCUCUCUCUCUCUGUCGCUCUCACACACACUCACACACAAAUGGAUGCAGCCACUAGAGCACGUCCUGAGGAUAGGAGCCAUGUGAUCUGUUGAUGAGACCUCUGAUCAGUCCUCGACUUUUGUUUUGAAACUUUGACGGAUGUCAGAGAUAAACAGGAAGUCAGCAAUAACCAGCAGACGAAGACAGGAAGCAGAAUGGUAUAGAACCGUUUUUGGGAGGUGUCGGGGUGUGUGUGGAGGAUUACAGAUGUGCAGUGACAGAACGCUGCGAGCUUCAGCUUCACUCCCAGCCAUAGAAACAUACAGUGGAGCUGAUCUCCAGCUGUGCAGAAAGUUUGGAAAUCCCUGAAGGAAGUCUUCCCUGAAAGGUCAAAACAUCUGGAAGGAAAAUGAGAUGCGUCUCAACAUUUUUGCAUCCAGUGGUUGUUUUUGGUUUAGCGUGCUCACUGAUUCUGACAUGAAUCAAAACGGGUCCCUGCUGGCGGUUUUACGUGGUUUGUGACAGAAAACGAGUUCAUCUAUUCAUGGUUAAGCAGAUGUGACCACUUUCCUUCCAGAGGGUUGUGGAGGACUUGGAGAAACUGUUUCCCUGCUCUUUGGGGAUGGGUGGGUUUAAGGUGUCGACAGAAACCUGGACUUGGUUUGGAGAACGCUGAAACGGGUGCAAGGUUUGCGAUAACGGGAUUAAUGACGGAGCGCUGAUUCGCUCCUGUUGAGUCUGCGACUUCUCUGUAGAUAAAACCUAAAACUUUCCACUUGACGUUCACGUUAAGCUCAGAAAAACAGUCGUACAGAUCUGAAGCUGAUCUGGGGUCUGCCGGAAGCGCAGACGCAGACCUUCCAGACGCUGAACCGCUCCUACCUCCGAGUGUCUGAGUCCUUUGAAUGUAUCUGAGCUUCAGAAUGUUCCACCUGCGUCCCACAGGUCACAGCGCUUCAGUCAGCUGCAGCUUUGGGAUUAAGGGCGGAAUCGCUCGUUUUUGACGUCAGGAAGGAAGAUGCAGGUCUGGCUCUUCAUGCAGACAAUCAGCCGUGUUCUGCGGCGCGGCUGCGACGUCGGAGAUGGACAGAUUUUAUUUUAACACCAGAAACAUUUUUAAUUCUCUUAAAUGCUUCAACCCCGAUUUUGUUUCCCAGGUUUUUUCUCGUGUUUAUUGACCUUCUUUAAAAGGACCGUUUUCAGUGUUUUUUGUAAAGACUUUUGGUGAAAAUGAGAAAAAGAUUUGAUUUGUGUUCAGAUUUUACUUUUUUUGUCCACAUCAUCAAUCACCACCCUGUCAGUGGGGACCAAUAAGACCGGGUCUCGUAUCAGGAUUCAGGAUGUGACAUCAUCACAUCCAGUUUAGUGAAAAUGAUCCCAUUCUGAAGCCGAGCUGCAGACAGUUGUUGUUAACGGAUCACACGACUCUACGCUCAGCCGUCUCUUUACUGACUUUUACUAAAGCCGUCUUUUCAUUUGAGCGAUGAUGAAUAAAGAGACCGCCAGAGAAAAACGCGUAACCUUCAGUCAGAUGAUUAUUUCAGCGACUGAAACCGCGUCAUGUUUUUGGUUUGAGCGGACCGUCAGCUCUGUGUGGUUUGUGUAAACGGUCCUAAACUCGUCAGAUGAGCAGUGAAGAUGUAAACACUGAGACGGUCCUUUAAAUGUCUGAGACAGGACAUCAAACCUGCGUGGGUCUGGUCCUUCCCUCUCACAGCCGGGUUCUGAUGCCGUUUUCUGACCUAAAGAUGUAUUUUUUUCUGCUUUGAGCUCCUCUAAACGAGCCGAAGCACGUCGGAGCUCAGGAAUUCCUGCGUGGUUUGUUGGUGGUGACGGGACGAGUGGAAACUCUGCUGCUGCGUACCGGAUCAGCUGCAGGGCUUUUGUUUGAGCCUCCUGCCGGCCGACGCGCCGCAGGAGGCUGAAUGACUUUGUGUCGCCACCUUCCUCUGGAAUUCUAACGAUAUUCAGCCCAAUAAACUCACCGAUUGGCUCCACCUCUCUGAGUUUACAAACUUUACCUCCAGUUUGAGUCAUUUUGAUUUCUCACUCCGUGUGUCAUGAUGACAUUCUGUCUCUCAGAUCUUCUGAAACUCACAAUCUAUAAAUGACUCUUUUCUAGAGAUUUCCUUUUAGUACUUUUGUGUUGAUCUCCUGGGUUUAAAUUUGUAUUUAUAUGUUUAAUAAAAGGCGCUCUGCUCUGUG